UUUUAACAACUCAAUUUAUACAGACUUGGAUGUUAUAAUGUCUUUUACGAGGGUAAUCUCAGUCCGAACAUGCUUCAUAUAAUCUUCUUCGUUCAGAACUUAGGUGCAUGUAGCCCAUGUUUCAAUAUAAAUCGCUUUAGCUUACCAUGAUAUAGUCAAGUACACAUUUUUUAUACGCAGUAUCAAUCGAUCAACCUACUGUAAUAGGACGGACUUUAGAAAACAGUUCAGUAAUUUAAAUAAAAUACACGAUUUUAUGAAAAUGAGUAGAUUUUUGACUUUAUUUGUGCUUAUGUCUGUAAGUACUUCUGGUGAAAUACAGAUCUUUAACAUGAAACCUAACGGAGGAAGUUGUAAAACGCCAGAUAUGAUUCUACUUCAGUGUUGCUUUCUUGGUAAAGGCGUCUAUGAGUUCUACGAAACUAGUUCUGAACAGUUUAAAGUGUUACAGUUUAACAAAUUGUGGGACUCGUCACUUAAAAUUGAAACACUGAAAAACCUUAAACAUGUGAUCAUUGAUGAAACCGAUUUACGUUGUGCCAAUUUCACAGGACGAUUCAUGGUUACACUCAACAGUAAAGGCUGCGGUUUCCAUAUUACCAAGGAGGAUAUUCCCCCACCCAGCAAUUUCACAUGUCCGUCAAAUACUGUGGCAGAUAGUCAGCUACCCAGCAGUCAGACAAUGACACGGACUCGUAUAGACAGUCAGGUUGUAAUGACCAUCACUCCUCACAUACAAACAUAUGUACAGCAAGUGGCAAUGAGGUUCACUCCUGACCCAGAAACAGAUGAACAACAAGUGGCAAUGAGGUUCACUCCUGACCCAGAAACAGAUGAACAACAAGCGGCAAUGCCCAUCAAUCCUAACCCUGAAACAAUCCAGUUACACUUGACUUGGCAGGACCUAGGAUUGGAGAUUAGGGUUAUCCUUUUGAGUAUUCUAGUGGUUAUGAUUCUGAUCCUGACGUUUUUCCUCGUAUGGAUUCGGAAGUUUUGUACAUGCUGGAAAAGAAUACUGUGUUGCUAUUGGUGCUUGGAUUGUUGUGAAGAUAAAGUCCUCUUUAUAAGAAACACUAAAACACCUGAUGAAAAAAACUAUGAGCAAAUUAACCUUUAUUAAUGAAAUGUUGAGUUGCCAUUCAAGUGGAUCUCUUUUGACAGCUAUGAUAUUCAGAGACCAGAUAUUGGAUCAUAAGAGAAAAAAGAAACAAACCGAGUAAAAUGUCCCCAGACUUCAGAUAGUAAGGCGCAGGAAUUAGACAAAACAAAAGAGCUUUAACUUGUGGUAGAUUAUAGUAGUCAUUUACAGAAGGUAACAAACUCAAAAUCAUGUUAAAUUUAUAUAAAAAAAAGUUCUUUUAUAUUGUUCAACUGUAGAUUAAAUUGCCUGUUUGAUUAUAGAUAAUAAUAAUUUUAAAUGUAAAUCCAUUUAUACUCUUAAUUUGUAACUGUUCUUCAGGUUGUUUAAGGGUAAGUUAUCUGAACCUCAUUGACAAUUGUUUGAAAUUAGUAUCUCAUGUUAAUACGAUACAUUGUGCGUGUGAUUUAAAUAACAAACCAAUGAUGUCCGUCGUUGUUUACUGAUGAUGAGACUCAUGUGCACUGAUGGUCAAACCGAUUAUUAUUUAUGUUCAAUGACUGUGCCAAAUGCGAUAUGGAUAUAAAAUGUAGAUGUGGUCACACUGUGCUUAUUUAGUUGUUCUUCUUUUGUUUGAUGUUAAGUUUUACUGAUCCUCUUUGAACAUUGUAAAGAAUUAUUAAGUCAGAGCAAACAAUACAUAUUGGUGUGUGGUUGGGUUAACCAGCUUAUGACUUUUGAUGUUUCAUGUUGUUUCAUGUUUCCAUUAAACUAACUUGUACUAUGUUUGAAAGUAUUUUCAAUGCUUUGUCUACACUCCCAUAUCUGA